AUGCAUUUCUUUACUACUCAUCUCCUUCUACUUGCUUCAUCGGCUACCCUCAUCGCCGCUCAAGAUGGAAUACCUACAUCCGCAAGCACAAGCAACUCGAACUGCGCUUCCCAAAAGGUUGUAGAUUCAUGCGUCGCUAUUAUGAAACGUGGACUCGCAAAGUGUACCUCGAGUGAUUGGGACUGCAAGUGCUCGGGCGUUGCAAAUAUUGCCAACUGUUACGUAGACUGCUCCGAUGAUGACCCGGAUUCGUCUGCAGCAAGACAGCUCAGCGUAAAUGUUUGCGCUACCGCGAAUGCAUAUGACCAAGGAGAGACCACCGUUGCACCCUCGUUGACUCUGCCCGGGUCGAAUGCUGCACAGCCAACCGACAUAGAUGCUAGUUUAACCACUAGUGGCAGCUCGUCUACCACUGCCGGACCGACCAAACCAUUUAUUGGGAAUGAGAAGUCAGCAAGUCCAUCAGAAGGAGCUGCAGUUAUGAAUGAUGCUGGUAGCUGGAUGGCUCUUGUGGUCUUAGGACUAGGGGCAGCAUUUUAA